AUGCAUAAAUCUGCAUCACUAGAUUCGUUAAAUUUACAAACAAAUUCAACUACGUCAGUUUUAACAUCGACAACAAAUCCAGAAGUUAAACCUAGUGCUUUUUUUAAAUUAACUCGUCGUAUGGAAAUUAUUCCUACACCGAAUCGGCCACUAAGAUUAUCAACAUGUGCUAAAAUUCAGUCUUGUAUUAAUGAAGAUACUUCAAUGAUGAAUACUAUAGUAGAUACAAAAAAACAUGUUGAUUCUGACAAUCAUGAUCAUGUUUUACUGGGUAGUAAACAAAAUUCAUCAGAACGAUUGAAUGUAGUUGAUAAUCAAUCUAAUCACGAAGAGCGUAACAAAGAUGAACAAGAUGAAGAUAAUCUAUUUGAUACAUUUAUUUGUAGUAAUUUCGUUCCUUUUUCUGGAACCAAGGCAGUCGAUCAAUGGUUAGAUGAAACAGAAUCUUUAUUUACUCGAUUCAAAAUUUCACGUAAACUUCGAUUUAAAGCUAUACCACUUCUUGUUCAGGGUGAAGCGAAACGUAAAUAUAUAAGAAAUCGUCGAUCAAUUACAUCUUUUGAUGAUUUUUACGAAUUUCUGUUAACACAUUUCGAUACAAUAUCUUCUGUAUCUAGUACUUCAAAACCUAGUCAUGUUGUUAACUUUCAAUCCGGCAUGUCAUCUCGUAGAUGA